AAGCCUCGCUAACAUCCUUAUGCCGUAUUCAGAGGGCGUCACUAGUCUUUGUCUGGUUGGACUGAGCCUUAAGUGUGUGGGUGGUGAGCACAUCACCCAUUCACUAGCCACCACACCACCACACUGCAGUGAAUAAUGUGUGUGAGUGCUGCUCUGCUCCUGUUGGCUGCUGUCUCACGGGUAACAGUGGCAGUCACACUUCCGCCACACACCUACCAGACUCCAUAUCAUGCCCAGGUAUGGUCGUGUAGAGAGGUUCUGGCCACACUGAUGGAACAGGAACUGUUAGGCUGCUCCUUCACCAUCAUCUCUGUCCAUGAUGAUUUCUCCGCCGCCCUCACACCCUUCCUAGUGGCCCUCAUGAUAACCCACAGUCGACCCUACCAGGUGGUGUCUGUUGGUGGUGGGGACGAUGUGAGACCAGCCUGGCACAGUACCAGUUGCGACGUCUAUGUCAUCGUCGCCAAGAGGCUGCUGGUGCUGAGUGAUCUACUGGAUACGGACGACGACUCCUGGGACUGGCAGGGGCGGUACCUCAUGUUCACCAGCUCUUCUUCGGCCAAUGAUCUACAAAGACUGGCGGUCACGUACAAACUUCAGAAAACUACCGACGUUCUGUUCUUUAUACGUGGUACAAGUGAUAGUGAGUUAGCUGUUUACACUCAUAAGAUGUACAGCAAGCGUUCUCUAAAGUUGUUAACAUUGUGGAGAGAUGGUGGCUUCGUCAAGAUGGUCGACUUAUUUCCUAACAAGGUGAAUGACCUGAGAGGGCAGCAGGUGCGGGUGCUGGCUGUCAACCAUGCCCCCUCCGUCUUCUCCAUUAUCGACCAUCUGGGCCUUCUCCACAACGUAUCCGGCCUCGACGUCAAGGUGGUGCAGGGACUGGGCAGGGCUCUCAACUUCACGCCAGUGUUCCACGACCCGGGUGCUGACCUCUGGGGAUCCAUUCUUCCCAACGGCACCGCCACCGGCAUGGUCGGUCAGGUUCACACGGACGACUCGGAGAUGGGGAUAGGCAAUGUGUUCCUGACGGAGGUGAGGGCACGUUACAUCACUUUCACGGUCCCCUUCGACUUCGAGCGUGCCUGCUUCAUAACCCCGGCGCCCCGUCCACUCCCGACCUGGAUGGCUGUGUCCUUCCCCUUCACCUUGAACGUCUGGAUCCUCCUCGUGGGGAGUGUUUUGGGGUUGACGGUGCUGGUGCCAGUGUUUGGGGCGGGGUUAAUGGUGAGGGACUACCAGGAACUUCACUCACUUUCCGCCUCCUUCCUCCUCAUCCUGGCGCAGUUCUCCAACCAAUCGACGCGCCGGCCAGCACGUACCCCCAUGCAGGUGUUGGUGGGGUUCAUCAUGAUGUGUGGCUUUGUGGUGUCCGUCUUCUACUCCUCCAACCUGACGGCCUUCAUGAUGGUGAGGGCCGUGGAGCAGCCUUACACCUCCAUCCGCCAGAUCGUCCAGAGUGAGCUACAGGUGGGCGGAUACAGCGACUUCUGGUUGGCCAUUUUCCAGGGUUCAGCCAAUCAGGAUGUCCGUAGCCUUAGUCAGAAAUUCUUCCGCUUCGAUAACGUCACCAAAUUUCUCCAGAGUAUCAUCUCCCGUCAAGGGGUGCUGUUAGAGAACACCAAACAUCUGGAGUACCUGCAGAAGACCUUCCUCACCAACCGUGUGGGUGAGUCCUCAGUGAGGCUCAUGCUGGAGGAAUGUAUCAACCCCUUCGGUGUGGGCGUCAUGCUCAAGAGGAACUCCCCGCUCAAGUCCUCUGCUGACACGAUGAUCCAGCGCAUGCGUGAGGCAGGACUGGUGGACAAGUUCUUCAAGGAGGUGCUUCAGGAGGCACGAGGCCCUGCCACACAGCUCUCCUCUAACACCGACGUUGGGGCAGAAGGCAUCAACCCCCUCACCCUCCAGCACAUCCAGGGAGUGUUCUUGGUGUUGGGAGGUGGGAUGUGUGCUGCCAUGCUGGUGUUGGUAACAGAGAAGGCGGUCGCUGCUGGAAAAUACUGCCUCUGAGUCUAAUUAUUACACCAGUCGAGAAAAAAGAAAAAUACACCACUAGGGAACAAUAGGACCACUGGAUUGCAAGUAAUUUCCAGCAACUUCACCAGUAUACGUGACAAUUCGUCACACUGGAGUUGAGUAACAGUCGAGAUAAUCUGUUCUCCGGUUACUCCUACUAUUAUAUAAAGAAAUAAACAGUUUCACCCUUAGUAAAUAGAAACAGUACUACAACUGGCACUGUCUCUUCUGUUUGAGCAUCACAUAAAAUUUAAAACAUUUUAUUUCGUAGUUUCCCAAGAGCGAAGUCAUAGAUGAAGUCACCAAUGAUAAGCUACAAAUUUUUCAUUUUCUAUUCACAUAUUGCUUAAUGCAGAGAACUUUUCUCACAGCAUUGAUGUUAGUUCAUUCUUAAUCCUUUUCAGCUACAGAAUUUACCCUUCUGAGCAGUUUGUUACUAUUAGACUGAAAAGUAGCCACAAUAUUGCUUCUACAUUAGGGAAAGCCAAAUGAAUCUCAUCUUGGAAGAUGACUUGAUAGAGGUCCUAGUGGCAUAAAUAUCCACCACCAGAUGACAGGAGGCUACAUCACCACCAACACCAGAUGACUGAGGCUACAUCACCACCACCAGAUGACAGGAGGCUACUUC